AAAUUUUAGAAUGCAUGUGGAUAGCAUUCUCAUGACACUAUUGACCAGUAUGUUGCCUGUUUUUGGAAUCCAGACAAAUCCAGUUUCAAUUCCCAAAGGACAGAAACAUGGGAAUAUUGUUAUUGCUGCUGUCAUUUCAACACCGCUUUUGCCAGACAAUGAUGGUUUUGGUGUUUGCGAAUUAGAAGGUUUCGAUUUGAAUCCAACUGGUCCACUUGUACCAUGUAGUUUUCUCGACGAAAGGUGGAUUGAUUGCGAUGCACCAGUGGAUGUGUCAUCUAUCCCUGAAGCUAAUAAUACAAAGGUGGAUGGUGCAUGUCUUACAUGGGGUGGCACACGUUACGAAAACGUGGAACGCACAAAUGUUACCUGCCGAGUUUUGCCGUGCAUCGAAUGUCGUGGUCCACGUACUUUCAUGAGGAAAGUGCCCUGCAUCAAAUAUACGGGUCAUUACUUCCUCUCAACACUAUUAUAUUCAGUAUUCCUGGGGAUUCUAGCGGUAGAUCGUUUUUGUCUUGGCUAUUCGGCUAUAGCAGUUGGUAAAUUGAUGACACUUGGUGGCUUGGGAUUAUGGUGGAUUGUUGAUAUAUUUUUGCUAAUUACGGGAAGUUUGUUGCCUGCGGAUGGAUCUAACUGGCAACCAUAUUAUUAAGUUUCCGCCAAAUUAGCGCGAAGUAUUGAGAAUGCUGUCAACGUUACGAGUCUCAAAGCACUCCGUGCUGACGGUUUUCCUUGUGAUUCUGAGGAUUUUUAUGAACCAUCCAUAACUGUUACGAUUUUGUAAAUAAAUUUGUAUAUAUUUGAUGAUGUUGCCAUAAUUUCGUUUUGUGCAUUAAUUUU